AUGAUAACGUAUUUUUGGAAAACGUUGUUUUAUUCAGGAAAAACUAAAUGCAUGAGUAAAGUUGGAGAUUGCGUUGUCAAACACCCUGGUCAGUUUGCCACCGGAUUGAGACUUGUGGGUGCCAUAUGUGAUUACUGUGAAGCAUGGGUAUGUCACAGUAAAAAAUGCUUACAAACUCAUGCCUGUUUGUGUGCUCUUCAAGAAUCGACAUGUGUUGAGUGUAAUAGAACUGUGUGGGAUCAUGGUGGACGAGUUUUCAAAUGUUGCUUCUGUAAUGAUUUUUUGUGCGAAGAUGAUCAAUUUGAGCAUCAGGCCAACUGUCAAAAGCUUGACUCUGAAUCCUAUAAAUGUAUGUCAUGUAAUAAGUUAGGACAAUUUUCUUGUUUGAAAUGCAAGAUAUGUUUUUGUGAUGAUCAUGUAAAAAGAAAAGGAAUCAAAUAUGUAAAAUGCCAAGCAAUACCUUGCCCAAAAUGCAGUCACCCAACAUCGGAAACAAAAGAUUUCAGCAUAUCGAGUUUGUUCAAAUAUCUUUUUUUAUUUGUUAUCAUAGUAAUUACCAGAAUUAUUCUUCUGAUCAGUAUCGUUAUUAACAUUUGUUAG